UGUACAUAAAGGCUUGUUCUGCUGCUUCCCUUCCCAUCCCCCUCCUUUCGCUGCCUGCUUGCUUUGUGUGUGAGUGAGAGUGCAUUUUUUUUCCUGACUUGUUAGCUAAUAUAUGGUUAUUUCUAAAUGAGAGGAGCUGAUGGCCAGACAUCAUUAUCUUUCAGACAACUUUGCCUAGCAACUGCCGGAAUAGAGGGAUAUUAAACAAAUUUAACAGAAGACUUGCUGAAGCAGGGUGAAGGGACCUGAACUUGACUGCUACUCUAGUUCAUUCUUUCUCCAAAAAAAAAAAAAAAAAAGAGAAACGUCUGCAAGUAAAAUAGCUUUAAAUCUAUAUCCAGAAUUUUAACUCUUCAAAAAAAAAAAAAAAAAUCUAUGUCUAUGUGGUUGGAUUUAGCCAUGCCCCAGCUUUUAACUGCAGUAAAACGCAGGUAAAAUGCCUUGAAGGAAAAAAAGAAAAAAAAGAAAAAAAACAAAAGCAACCCUCGUACUAAUAUUUCAAUAAACAGGAAGUCUAAAAGCGGCAUUUUAUUGCUGUUAAAAGUGCUUAAGGCCUGGCUUUUGAAAUGAUUUUGCUAAAUCUGUGGACAGGUUAUUUAUUUGAAAGGCAUUCGACCUCCGAUCAUGAAUGGGCCCAUGCACCCGCGCCCUUUGGUAGCGUUGCUGGAUGGCAGGGAUUGCACAGUAGAAAUGCCUAUUUUGAAGGAUGUUGCCACAGUGGCAUUUUGUGAUGCUCAGUCCACGCAAGAAAUUCAUGAAAAGGUACUAAAUGAAGCUGUGGGUGCACUGAUGUAUCACACUAUCACUUUAACACGAGAAGACCUGGAGAAAUUCAAAGCACUUCGAAUAAUUGUCCGAAUCGGCAGUGGUUUUGAUAACAUUGACAUCAAAUCUGCUGGGGAUUUAGGGAUUGCAGUAUGUAAUGUGCCAGCAGCAUCAGUAGAGGAAACAGCAGAUUCGACGAUGUGCCACAUCCUGAACCUUUACCGGCGAACCACCUGGCUUCACCAGGCUUUGCGAGAAGGCACAAGAGUACAGAGCGUUGAGCAGAUUCGGGAAGUUGCUUCAGGAGCAGCCAGGAUUCGAGGGGAGACCUUAGGCAUUAUUGGUUUAGGACGUGUUGGACAAGCAGUGGCAUUACGUGCAAAAGCCUUUGGCUUUAGUGUCAUUUUUUAUGACCCAUACCUCUCAGAUGGCAUUGAACGUGCUCUUGGACUGCAGCGGGUGAGCACUUUACAGGAUCUGCUAUUUCACAGUGACUGUGUAACCCUACACUGCAACUUGAAUGAACACAAUCAUCAUCUUAUUAAUGACUUCACCAUAAAACAGAUGAGACAAGGGGCUUUCCUGGUCAACACAGCUCGAGGUGGGUUAGUAGACGAAAAAGCACUUGCACAGGCCCUGAAGGAAGGAAGGAUACGAGGGGCAGCCUUAGAUGUACAUGAGUCAGAACCAUUCAGCUUUAGUCAGGGUCCAUUGAAGGAUGCACCAAACCUGAUCUGUACCCCACAUGCAGCCUGGUACAGUGAACAAGCCUCUAUCGAGAUGCGGGAGGAAGCAGCACGAGAGAUCCGGAGGGCUAUCACAGGUCGUAUUCCAGACAGCCUGAAAAACUGUGUUAACAAAGAUCAUUUGACUGCAGCUACACAUUGGGCCAGCAUGGAUCCAGGAGUUGUUCAUCCAGAGCUUAAUGGUGCUGCGUACAGCAGGUAUCCUCCUGGUGUUGUAAGCGUGGCUCCCACUGGCAUACCUACCGCAGUAGAAGGAAUAGUCCCCAACCCCAUGUCUUUAUCACACGGCCUCCCUGCUGUUGCUCACCCGCCCCAUGCUCCUUCCCCCGGCCAAACAGUCAAACCAGAAGCUGAUAGAGACCACCCAAGUGACCAAUUGUAGCCUAAGAAAACAGCAUUCCCAGCAUUGGAGAUUUCAACUUCAGAGAGAGCGUGUGGAAAAAAUCUGGAUUUUGAAUAAAGGCAAAAAACCAUGAACUUACAGGAGGAGACGAUUAUUGUUUUAGAAACUGGUCCAAUAUACAGUAUAAAAGGAAAAGGUGGGAGUCAAAAACGAAGAUUUGGAAACUUUUUUUCCUCCGUAUAAAUUGUAGUUUGUCCCUGUCCAGUGGACUGAUUCACUGUUUCUGUGUCCUAUGGGUUCUUUGUUAAAGCAAGAAAAGUUAGUAGUUAAUUAUAUCAUGAAUGUACUUGUCUGUGUACAGUUUUUAGAACAUUAAAAAGGGUUUGUUUGCUUAGCUGUCAACAAGAAAAAAAACCAUAAGGGAGGCAUUCAACAAACCAAUUUUGAGAUUAAAAAUCCUUUCUUUUAUAUGUUAAAACAUGCCCAAAAAUGAGGCAGUUGGCAAACUUCUCAGGACAAUGAAUUUUUCCCAUUUUUCUUUCUACACCACACAGUGCAUUGUUUUUUCUACCUGCUUGUCUUAUUUUUUAGACUAAUUUAGUAAACAAAAGAGAAACCGUUUCUCCUAAUUUUGGCAUGAAUUCCCUUAUUUCAAAAUGAAGACAACAUUGCAAAGAGAUUUUGAGGAAAAUAAAGGUUUUGUAUAAACGAGCAUUGUGCUUUUUGUCACCAGUUAAAGUAUAUAUUAUUGGUGGUAUGCGAAAAAGGCACUAGACUACUGAAAAGUAGCAGCAUUUCAUUGCCUACAUUGAUUCCUUCCUGGUAAUGUGGUAGGCUAGCAAUAUUUUUGGUUAAAAUCAUGUUUGUGACUGUAACCAUUUGUAUGAAUUAUUUUAAAGAAAUAAAAAUCGCAGACAAAGAUCAUAUGUGUAAAAUUUUUAUUUCUAGUAACUGUUUAUUCAACUUUUAUUAGGUUUCUUAGCUGUAAUUUUUAAAAAGAUGCUGUCAAGUAUUUCAUUUCUAGCUUUACUUUGCUCUCCAUUGUUUGUAAUACCCUCUUGGAAGCUUGAACAAUAAAAAUUCUUUCCAUACCA